UGGAGACUUUUAUACUUUCCAUUGCAGGUGCUUUUCCUUCGCCGGCAAAUAUGAAUGCUUCUGUGCCUAUUACGGCGAAAUGGGGAACGGCUUGUUCAGCUUGCGCAACUGCGAAAUCUAGGUGUAUUCGAUCCAAUGAAUCAUCUGGAAAAUGCGACAGAUGUCUGACUUCCCGGAAAGAUUGUACGGGUCAGGUACACAAGAAAAGGAAGAAGAGAGAGGCCCAACCAAACAGAACUUUGAUACUCGAAGAAAAGCUCGAUAGCCUUGUUGACUUGCUGAAAGCUACACCAGGAGGGGCUUCUGCCGUCCAGUCGAUCCUAGCCAAGUCACCUGCAACAAACACUGGCAAGAAAACAGCACGGUCCGAUCAACAUGAGGGAAAGAGUCGGACAUCCAAAACUCCCCAAAAAGGCGACAGUGAGCUUGUUCACGACGAUUUCCCGUCCAAGUUCAGCUCCAUAGCACCCCCAACAUGCAUCUGUCGAGCACCAGUCAGCGAAGAAGAUUCCCACCCCGUCAACACUGACGAGAUUCUGUUAUCAAUAUACAAGAACCAGCUCUGUUCCUGGUUCCCCUUCGUUAUCGUGUCGCCCAGUACAACAGCCGCACAACUUCAAUCCUGCCGACCAUUUCUGCUGAAAGCCAUCCGUCUCGUCGCCUCCUUUCGAAACGUCCGUUCAAUGUGGGGCCAGCGCCGAGCGAUCAUGCAAUACCUUUCAGAAGCUGUAUUCGUGUAUUCUGAGCGCUCGUUGGAUCUCCUGCAGGGUAUUCUUGUAAUCUUGGGGUUUUACCAUUAUCAUUGUCUGGCGCAUAUUCAGUUUAAUAAUUUGAUGCAGUUAGCGAUUAGUAUUGUUGGGGACAUGGAUUUGAAUCGGGAUCCGGGGAGACUUGUGAAGCAGAGGGUUUUGGCCAUUGAUUAUGACCCGCCGAGGGCGAGGACUAAUGAUGAGAGAAGAGCCGUUGUUGGGGUAUGGUAUAUGAGUUCCAAUGUGGCGUUGACCUUUAAUAAAGGGCAAUCGGAGAAAUACACGAAGUACCAUGAUCAGUGUCUCCAAGAGCUAGAAGAAGCUUCCGAGUACGAAUCUGAUAUAUUGCUCGUACACCUCGUGAGAAUACAACACCUGAUACAGCGGAUCGCGGACUUCAACAACAGAGAUCAAUUACCUGAGGAGCUGCCCGGCAUUGUACAGACUCCCGCAUCAGCAUAUCAUGCAGCAUUUCAGACCGAAAUCGAAAGACACCAGGUUAUGCUCCCUCCGAGCUUGAGUAAAUGCCAUCUCAUCAUGACCCACUUCAACACCGCCCAACUCCGCCUCUACGAGCCCCUGCUCUACGAUGCCAGUCUGCUCGACGGCAUCUCCAGAUCAUGCACAACACUAUCAUUGUCCGAUCCCACAAUAUUCAACAGAUUCAGCUCCUGCCUUUCGGCACUCAAGAAAUGGUUUGAACAUUGGCUCACCAUCCCCGUCUGCUUCUACUUCCACAUGUCUCAACCUCUGCCAGCACAGUUGAGAUACAGCAUGGUGAUGCUAUCCCAAUGGGCACUUAUCUUCUCUCCCUCCCGCCUAACCGGCCCGAGCUCAUCACCUCGGGCUCACAGCAAUCAGCCUUCUGGCCGUAAUCCACCCUCUAGGAUAGAUUUGAAUGUCGGAGAGCAGAUUGAUAUUCUGAGUAUUCUCGAUACAGUAGUAACACGCUUCGAAGCCGCCAAAACGGAAAUGAGCGCCGCUCAUGGCGGGGUAUGGAGGAAUGGGAUUUGGGAUCUGGCGGCGAAGAAGAUUAGAAUGAAGAGAGCCAGGAUUGAGAAGUGUUGGCUGACUGUGGAGAGCGCUGGGGGUGAGGGGAAGUACAAGAUUGCUGAUGAGGUGGAUAGAGGUAUGACUGAGGACGCGAUUGUUGGACCUGGGUUGAGCGGGAGUGAUAGCUAUGGUGGGAUGUGGUUUGAUGUGCCAUUUGGUGAGGAGUUGCAGGAUGAUUGGUUGUGGGCAACGGAUUUGCUUGGUGGGAUGGAUGGGCGGGAGUGCCUUUGA